UUCACCGUUUCAUCACACCAACAAUCUCAUAGUAUAUCACUGCGUUGUUGUGAAACAUGGCUUCGACCACUGUUGCAUCGGCAGCACUUCUUGUUGCCCUGAACAUGUUGUUCUUCACUUUGGUCAGCUCGACCUACGUGCCAUGCCCACCACCACCACACAAGAGCCCCAAGCCUUCCCCUAAGGUUCCACCCUCGGGGCCGAAAAAAUCAGCCACUUGCCCUAAAGACACACUCAAACUGGGUGUCUGUGCUGAUUUGUUGGGCGGAUUAGGGCACGUUGUCGUCGGGAGCUCGUCAAGGACCGAAUGCUGCUCUCUUAUUUCGGGGUUGGCCGAUCUCGAUGCUGCAGUUUGCCUCUGCACCGCAAUCAAGGCCAAUGUGUUGGGGACUAACCUCAAUGUUCCCGUUUCAUUGUCCUUGCUGCUCAACUCCUGUGGAAAGAAACUGCCUGCCGGUUACAAAUGUGCUUAUUAGGCUCAAUUCCACUCUAUUUCCAGCAAUGUUUGUCUUUUCUUGGGUGUGUUUAGUUUGGACUUUUGGUAUGCCAGAAUCAUUCAUGAAGUGCUAUUUAUAUAUUUGUUUUGCUUGUAGGAAACAAGGCUUCUCGCCUUCUAAUCCUUAAUUUGUGUACCUUAAUUUCAGUUAAACAUCCAAUAAAUAAACAAGUUUAUAAUGUAUUGUAUGUUAC